ACCUCCUCAUUAUUUGGUUUUCUAUUCGAACUUAAGAUUGUAAACAAAUGUCAAAAUUUUCACCUUCAAAACUGAAGCACUUGAUGUAACACUGGAUUUUUUUAUGAAUAAAUUUUACAUUCAUUCAAAAAAAAAAAAAAAAAAACAGUCCAUAUUAAAAUAUCUAUAGAACAUCGUCCAUCAUGCUAAUCACCGAAUUUUUCUAGAUACUUUCAACGCAAAGAUUAUUUAUUCUUCUCUCCAAUAUUCGUUUGAGCCUUAUAUACUAAAUUUGGGCCAUUACCGUUGAGCCCAAUUUCCCUUUUUGGUUUGUUUUAUUUUGAUGACGUACGGAGCAAACACACUUUCACCACCUUCUCUUCAAAGUCAAACUUCCAAAUCUUCCCUCAUCAUCUCCUUUUGGUGUGAAACAGAAGGAAUCAAUCUCAUGUAAAACUAUCUGUCUUUUUUUUUUGGGUUUUCUUCAUGGUUACUCUUUGAUUUUGUUAGGGUUGUGAUUGAUUCGAUGGGUAUUUGUAUUAUUGUUAGUUUUGUAGUAAUCAUCACAUACAUCUUUGUUUGAAUCUUGAAAGGUUUUUGAGUCUAUAAGUGGUUUCCAUAUGGAUAGGAUUAGUAAUCUGUCUGAUGAUUUGCUUUUGAAGAUUUUUUCAUCACUUCCUACCAAAGAUGUUGUCGUCACAAUGCUUUUGUCAAAACGCUGGAAGUUUCUUUGGACGAUGGUUCCAAAACUUCGUUUUGACGAUGAGUUUGAGCUUGAUCCUUCCUAUUACGGGAGAUUUCUCAAGUAUGUAGACAAAUCAAUGGUAUUAAAUAGGGCUCAGGUUCUAGAAACUGUGAAGUUCGACGUUGGUCCUUGUUGCAGCUCUGAAGAUAUAGCAACAUGGAUCAGAAUUGGAAUGGUUCGCCAUAUGCGUGAACUUGAAAUAUCCCAUUGUGAAGCAUAUUUCAGGGAACAUAGGUCAAUCAAACUACCAAAGAGUCUUUAUACAUAUGAAAAACUCGAGGUCUUGAAACUCGCUUCUACGGUUGUUCUGAAUGUUCCUAUCGCUGUUUGCUUUCCAUCCUUGAAAUCAUUACACCUUGUGUGUGUAGAGUACAAAACCAAAAAAUCUCAUCGUAGGCUUUUAUCGGGUUGUCCUGUUCUUGAAGAUUUGGUUUUGGACAAAUCUUAUAACAGUUUCCAUGUGCGGUCUUUCUAUGUAGAAAUACCUACUUUACAGAGAUUAUCUAUUCUUGAUACAUCUGGAGAACUGUACGGUGACUUUACGUUUGUGGUCAAUGCCCCGUCUUUGAAGUACUUCAACUUUGUAGAUUUCUAUGGCGACUUGUGUUUGAGAGAUACUAUGCAUGAGGUGGUUGAGGCGAAUAUUAAAGUCAUUUACAAAAACCCCAAGAAGCUAUUAGGACCUCUUAAAUCAGUCAAGCGUCUCUCUUUAUGUUUAUCUGCUUCGACAACGCUUCAUAACCAUAUGGAGUUCUAUCAGCUAGUUCAUUUGGAGUUAUGUGGAGACGCUCUAAUGUGGUGGGAUCUACUUACUUGGAUGCUCGAAAGUUCUCCUAAACUACAAGUUCUCAAGCUUUACAAAUGCGAGUGUGAGGAACACGAUUACUCCGAAGAUCCAAUAGAAGAUCAUUGGGAAGAACCAAGUUCCGUUCCUGAAUGUUUGUUGUUCCAUCUCAAUAUUUUCGAGUGGAAAUAUUACAACGCAGGAGAAGAAGAGAAGAAAGUGGUGGCGUACAUUCUAAAGAACGCAAGACAGUUAAAGACUGCAGCUUUCUCUGCUCCAUAUUUGUAUCCGAAGGAAGAGCGUUCGUGGGAACUCAAUGAGUUGGUUUAUAUGGCUAGAGCUUCAAGCUCAUGUCAGCUUCUGUUGGACUGAGAAAAUAAUGUAGUAGUCUUCUUGCCUUUACAUGUGCUUCAAAGAAAACUAGAAGCAUACAUUGAAGCACAUGUAAAGGCAAGAAGCAUGCUUUUAACUUUGUUAAAAGAUAAAACUUUGUUAAUGAGACAACAAUCUAUUUGUAAUUAGAGGGUUAACUUAACUGAUUUAAUCCUUCUUCGUGUAUAUAUGUUUGGAAAUUUUAGGCCUACAUUGAGAUAAAUGGGCUUAUGAAUUAUGGCCGAAGCCCCCAAAAUAAUUAUGGACUAUUUCCAUCAUAAUAAUGGCUCGUAAUAAGAGAUUUUAAACCGGUAUUAGUGUUGUCCUGUCGUGAUAAUAACACGUCACUAUAUCGGUAUUAUCAUAAUGGUCCUACGAUACGAU